UUUAAGUAAUCAACAUGUUGUUUUUCUCUUUAGUGAAAGAUUGAUUACUUCCAACAUAAUAAUAAAAUUAACACACUUAACAUUGCAUUACACCAUGAUUAAAAUAUUGCAAGCAUGUCACAAAGUGGACCUUCUUGUUAAAACCUUCAUCAUUAUGGAUUCCACGAAGUUCAUUAUUAAUGUUUCAAAUUCUCAAUAUUUUAUUAUGUAUUUAAUUUUGUAUAAUUUAAUUUCAUGAUGGAUUUCAUCUCAUGCUUUGAGUUCAUUAUUAGUCUAAUUAAUUUUGCUACUAUUGUAGCAAAAUGGAGUUAGCUUCAUCCAAUGUUUCCAUACCAUAUUCUGCUGCUCAAAUUUUGGAGAUGGAAGAAUUUAGUAAUAGUCUCGAAACAUCGAUUUCAAAGCGACAUGUUGAAAAUUUUCUCGAAGGGAUUCGUUUUUGGACUUGGUUUGAGCUCAUGGAAGCAUUGAAACAAUGUCAGAAACUUUUUCAUUCCAAUGGUUACUUAGCAAUUCUAGACAAAAUCAUGGAUGAAUUCAUAGAAAGGUUAGCUUCUCCAUGUGCUAUUACAAGUCCAUACACAUGCUCUUCAAACAGAUCAAGUUUCAAGUUUUCUUGCGACACAAGUAGUAUCAUUAGCUUCUCCGAAGCUACAUGGUGGUUUGAACAUCUUCUGUUUUUGAAGAUCGAUUUGUUGGAAAAUGUUAUAAGGAAAAUGAUAUAUAACGAUUUCGAUCAUUACGUUGUUUCGAAGUUUCUAUUCUAUUAUCUCAAUUUGAGUUGUGAUAGUGCUUCACAAGAUGUUAAGAUUGAGACAAUGAAGGUUGUAAUCAAUCUUCUUUCAUUGCUUGAUAACGGAUCGAUUUCUUGCAAGGAUUUAUUCAAUCUUAACCGGGUCACGAUUAGUUUGAAAAUAGGAAAAUUUUGUAGAAACAAUAUAGAGAGACUUAUAGGUCCUAUUUUGGAUCAAGUAACAAUUGAUUAUCUACUUCUUCCAUCUCCAAUUGGAAAAGAACAUGCUUAUGAUGUUGAAUUUGUUUUAAGGGUCAUGAAGAUUUUUUUGUUAGGAGGAGGUAGUUUUGAGUUAAAUUUGAAUAGAGUUAAGAGAGUUGUUAGAAUGAUGGAUUUGUUCCUUGUGGAAGUUGCUCCUGAUCCUCAUCUUCAACCUUGUGAAUUUGAAGAACUGGUUAUGGUACUUCCAGAUUCUGUGAGGGAAACCCAUGAUCAAUUAUAUCUAGCCAUGGACAUGUACCUAAAGGUUCAUGCAGGAAUAGAUGUAAAAGAAAAGAUGAAUAUCUGUUGUACAUUGAACCAUGAGAAGCUGUCACCGGAUAUUUUGAGACAUCUUACUAGAAACCUAGUAUUUCCUUCCGAAACAAAACCAAGAGCUCAUGUGACUAGACAGAGUCGAAUGAAAACAUUACUUCAAGAAAAUGAUCAUUUGAAAAACUUCUUUGACUCCAUGUUUGGUAAAAGCAUCAAGAACAUAGAUGUGAAAGAGGAUGUUGUUGAAAAGAUAAUUUAUGAUGGUGAAGAGGUAAAGAGAUUUGUGGAAUUGGAAGGUGGGACCCAUCUGGCUUGUGUAAAGAAGUCAGGGGUACAUACUAUGAACAAUAAUAUAUAUUUGCCAAAAUUUUGUUCAUGAUUAUUAGUUUUAUUAUAUAUGGCUAUGAAUUUUGUGUUUAUAUUAAGAUUCAUAAUGAAUUGUUUAGUGUCUAA